AUGUCACAAGACGUCGAUAGAGAAUUAGCUAGACUAUGGAGAGUAUCCAGGACGGUGCAUGAAAUGGUCAGAGAUAGAGGAUACCUGGUGGCGGAAUAUGAGAUUGAACAAUCUUUUGAAGAUUUCAAAGAUGCUCAUGGAUCAUCAGGAGUUGUCGAGAUGAAGAAAGAGCUGAUUGUCAACAGUCGAAAUAAUAUGCACUUCACUUGCGAUCAUUCUGAACGAACGGGUGAUAGGUUAUUAGUAUGGUUUUGUCCUGAAAGAAACGUUCCUAAAUCGUCUAUCAAAAUAUUUCUAGGACAAAUGGAACAUCGUAGUGCCAACAAAGGUAUUUUGAUCCAUCCUGAUAAAAUGGGUAGUGCAGCGAACAAAGCGAUGAUGGAGAUGCAAGCGGAAUAUCACCUGGAAAGUUUUUCAGAAGCAGAUCUUUUAGUCAAUAUAACCAGACAUUUCCUAGUACCGAAACAUACCAUCAUGAGACCUGAAGAGAAAGCUGCGUUGAUAAAGAGAUACCGUUUGAAAGAAACUCAACUUCCUAGGAUAAUGAUCACCGAUCCCGUAGCUAAAUACUACGGUAUGCGUAGAGGUCAAGUAAUGAAGAUUGAAAGAGCUUCAGAAACAGCAGGAAGGUACAUAACUUAUCGUAUAUGUAUGUGA